AAAUUUAAUUUUUGUCUUUUUAGUCAACGAAAAUCUGAGAGAAAGUCUAGCUCUUUUCCAUUACAAGUAAAACUAAAAAGCCACCUGUGGGUUUAUCUCUCUCCCCUUCGUUUCUUUUUUCCUUUUAUAAAAAAAUCAAAGACGAAGAAGAUUUCUCCAACGCCCUCUUUUUUCACUUCUCAAUCCAUUUUCACAUUUCCGAUAGUUUCGGCUGCGAUUUUCUCAAUUAUUUAGAGAUUUUAACUUAAUUUACAAUCUACAUUGUUCUUCGAUAUCCCGAUCUGCAGCCGCCGUAGAUAAAUGGAGAAAGUGAUUUUAGAGGAAAAGGAUGCAGUUGAUUGGAUCUAUAGAGGAGAAGGAGCUGCUAAUCUUAUUCUCGCUUACACUGGAUCGUCUCCCGCAUUUAUUGGGAAAGUGCUGCGAAUACAAAAGUCGCAACGGAACGGAAAAAGUGGCGUGAAAGAAGGCAGAGCUUUAACAACGCAUGAACGGCUUCUUUGGCGAGAAAAUAAGGAGCUAACGGCGUCGUCAAACAGAGAGAUUCUAGAACAGCUUUACGUCAAACAUGUCAUGAGCCCAUUGUUAGGCCCAAAACAUGUCGAUGUUGGGAUUCGUGUUCUUGUUACUAAGGAAUUCCUUAAGUCCGUUGAGAAGAAUGUGACUUGUCACCGGCCUGCUUGGCGGGUUCACUCAUCCCAGGUUGAUGUAAAUCGUGAUUCUGUGCUAAUCUUAUCUGAUCAUUCGAUCUUUCCCGAUGGUAAUCUUAAACGUGAACCAUGUAUAACUGUUGAGAUAAAGCCCAAAUGUGGAUUUCUCCCAAUUUCAAGAUUCAUAACUGAAGAAAAUGCUGUUAAGAGAAAUGUAGUUCGGUUUAGAAUGCACCAAGCACUGAAGUUGCAUAAUCAAGAGAUAUCAGAAUAUAGUGAAUAUAAUCCGCUGGAUUUAUUCUCUGGAUCCAGAGAAGGGAUACAAAAAGCUAUUGAAGCUCUGUAUGCCACUCCUCAGAACAAUUUCCGUGUAUUUCUGAAUGGUUCUAUUGUAUUUGGGGGUUUGGGUGGUGGCACGAACAGCACUACUGUUCAGGUUGGUGAGGCCUUUGAAGAUAUACUUAAGAAUUUCAUUCAGGCAGAUAAUGGCCAGCGCACAACUAGUUUUCUACAGCUUGUUGCUGAGACAAUUUAUACUUCUGGUGCUUUAGAACAACUUCUUGAAGUUCAGAAGCUUGAUACUUAUGACAUUGAGGGGGCGAUUCAUGCUUAUUACAACAUAAUUUCUCAACCUUGCAUGGUUUGUAGAGAAUUGUCUAAAGAUAAAUUAUCAUGCCGCUAUACCUCUUUGCACUCCAUUCCAUUGGAUCAAAGCUUGAAGAUUGUAAAGGACUAUUUGAUAGCUGCAACUGCGAAGGACUGUAGUCUGAUGAUUAGUUUUAGACCAAAGGAAGAUGGUAGACUCCCUUCUCACAAUACUGUAUAUCUAGGAUCAACUAACCAAGCUUUUGAGUACAAGGUGUAUUUCAUUGAUCUGGAUCUGAAACCCCUGAAGAAAAUGGAGGCUUAUUACGAGUUAGAUAAGAAAAUUGUUAGCUGCUAUUCUCAGAUGGUGAAAACUGAGCAUGAAACAGAUAAAGCUGUUACAAUAAACUCCAAUGGAAGUGUACGAGAUCAAAGAUACGCAUUAGAAGACGGUUUGUUUACUGAAGGUUGUACUGGUAAGUGCAAGUAGUUCUUAUUAUAUGUUCCCUGAACUGUUGUUGUAAAAGUAAAGGUUGCAAGGAGCCAAGAUGAUUAACUUGUCAUUAGGCUCGAGUUCUUCCUUUCACCACUUUUUGGGGCUUUUGGAUUUCCCUUGGAGAAAAUAAUCUCUUGUAUGUAUCUUUUGCUUAAAGAUUUAUUUGAGUUGAUAUCCUUUUUGUUUUCCUUCUGGUAAGUCCUCUACUUUCACAGCAGUUGUGUAUUUACGGAUUUAUAAUCAAACUUACCCAUGUCUAAUGUACUACUUGGUGGGAAAGGAUUUAAACCUUUUCCAAAUUGUUGUACAAUCCAUGCAACAUGGACCGCCAUAAAAUCAGAUAACCAUGUGCAUCCUCUUUCCAGAGUAUAGUUAGUUGAUAAUCUACCAAAAAUGUUACUGCUAUUCCUAUACUAAGUCGAAUAAAUAAAUUAAUGCUCUCAUGUUUUGUAAAGCUAUGAUAUUUCUCAGCCCCUUGAAGUAAAAUUCCAAGUUGUCAAUAAUCAUCUGUUGUCAUCGAACUUCACACCUUUUUCCUUUGCUUAGAACGAGGUAAUGCAUCUUAUAUCUUUCAGUGUUUAUAUUGGCAUGUCUCAUCAGGUUUUAUAGGGAGAGCUUUUUAACAUUCCUUGGUGAAAAAAUAUAUCAAAAUGACGGAACAUAAGGUAAGGGUUUGGGCUAACAGGGAAAGUGAUGUGCCAACUACUCGCUGCCUUUACAUCUCGACUCUACAUGCCAAAUUAUAAAUCAUACAGCUGGAUAUUGAAGUUACUGCUUUUCUUUUUUUUUUUGUGGCUAACUUGAUUGUAAUUUAUGGUGAUGAGAAAGAGUAUUCAUUGCAUUAAAGUUGAUGAGAGCAGAAUUUUUGUUUCAAAGACUAACUAAUGAAUUUUGUUCUCUGAUUUGUUUCUAAACCUGACCAAUUUGUGUAAUUUUUCCCAAUUUAAUAUGAUAAGGCUCAUAGAGAAACAACUAAAAUUCUCAAAAGACCUUAAUUUGAGCUUUCCAUCAGCUUCAAUGUUACCCAAACCAUUAAAAAAAUUGUAAUGGUUUGUAUAAUUGGAAAAUGUAAUGCAAUAAGUAUUAAAAAAAUUACAAGAUUUAUAAUAACUUAUAUAAUUAAGAAAUGUGUGUAACUAUACAAAACAUUAGAAAUGUUAUAAUUUGUGUAAUUACACAGAACAUUAUGGAAGUUUUAUGUAAUUGAGUAAUAUUUUGUAUAACUCGAGGGGAUGGGAGCAUUGAAGGGAGGAGGACGUCUGGGUCGUAGGCAGACAAGCUUGGUCUCACAUCACAUGUCCACAAUGGGGGAGAUAGAGACGCGUGGGUAACCGUAGAAACACGGCUAAAUUUGCAGUGAAAAACUCAAGAAAACAAUCCUGUCAGUGGAGCUGCUGUGUCCAAAGUGCAGGCAGAAGGUAAUGCAUGUAAUUUCAGAGCUAGUGGGGAUAACGUCCAUCACCCUCGAUCCAUCGAAAAAUACGGUAAUGGUUACCGGCGAAGCUGAUCCGUUUAAGAUCAUUAAGAAAGUUAGGAAGUUCCGUAAACACGCAUCGAUCGUAAGUAUAGGGGCCGCAAAAGAGGAGAAGAAGAAGGAUGAGAAUAAGGAUGAGAAGAAGGAUAGCCGGAAAGAUGUAGUGAUAUACUCUCCAAAGACAUGCCAGAGAUGUGAAGUUUGGUACGUUGUGCAUGAUGAUCUUUACCAUUAUUGUUCCAUUCUGUAAAAUUAAGAUCCCCCCAUACUCCCAAUGUAAGCUUUUGUUGCAUAUCUAAAAUUCUAGUUUCAAAA